AUCCUAAUUAGUGAUCUGUAAAUUUCAUGUGGAGUACUUAAAGAAACAAUGGAGAUCAAAUCAAACCAUCUUUGCGUAAAUAUGCGGUCAUGAUCCCCACUGAACUGCGCCCUGUUCGUUUCUCUUUUUUUCCCCAGGGUUGAAGCAUUUUUUUAGAGUUCCAAAAUCAUGAAUUUCAGAAGAGGGAAUUUAGUGGAGGUUUUAAGAAGAGAAGAUGAUGAUGAUCCGUGUGGCUCUUGGUUUACCGGUAACGUCAUUUCAGCCGAUGGCGAAAACUAUGUUGUUAGGUACAAUCUUCUUAUGGACCACAGAGGAAAACAAGUGAUGGAGAAGCUGCAGAGGAAGGAUGUUAGACCAUUACCUCCAUGUGUAAAUGGGAAGAGUUGGGUGGUCGGCGAUGUAGCCGAGGUGUCCGAUAUCAAGUGUUGGAGGGUCGGAAAGAUCACAAAGGUGUUAAAGAACAAUGAUCGAUUCGUCGUUAAGUUGUUCGGGUCAAUCCAGCUCAAGGAAUUUCAUGCAUCGAGUUUAAGGAUUAGGCAGGCUUGGGAUGGCAAGAAGUGGAUGGUGAUUGGGAAGGUUUCUCAGUGUAAGGAUUUGACCAACAAUUUUGCACCAAAAUUCCCGAACCGUGCCGGUGGUUUGCUUUUCAGGACUUCUUUGCAUUUAACCGAUACCCUACGAUUUACGGAUAAGGAUAGAGAGGGAAUGAAUAAGGGUGGGACUGAUAAUGCUACCAUGUGUGUAUCCAUGAGAGCCAUAAAUAAAGGCUAUGACCUUCGAUCUGAAGAAUGCAAAAUAAACCCUGUUUUUGGAGGAGGAAGCCUCAGGAAAAGGAAAACCGCACCUUGGUCUAGAGGCUGCAAUGAUGAGACUCCGAAGAGAACAUGCCCUCUGUCCAACCAAGUAGAUUAUAUUUCUUUCCCACGUGUAGGGGUUGACAGAAAUUUCAUUAAGCAAUCAGCUAAAAAGAAUAACAGAAUGGAAAACGCUACUGCUCGCUGCUUAUAUGAUUCUUCUAGACCUGCUUUGUUUCCUGAAGAUGGUGACCAAUGCUCAGUUGCUAGCUGUAGUUCUAACGGUGUUGCUGAUUAUGCUGGCCGAAUUUCUCAUAUUUCAUCGGAAAGCACACCCGAGAAUUCUGAUGCCGAGUCGUCAUUCCCAUAUUCGUGUGACAAACGGAACUUACCCUUGUUCCCUACCGAUGAUAAAGUUGUUGAUAUCCAUGAACUUGAGCUUCGUGCUUACAAGUCGACAGUAGAAGCAUUGUAUGCUUCGGGUCCUUUAACGUGGGGGCAGGAGUCCCUGUUAACAAAUCUCCGCGUCUCCCUUAACAUUUCCGACGAGGAACACCUACUCCAGCUACGAUACCUUUUGUCUGCUCAAGUUUUAUGAUCUGUGUAUCUUGCCAAGUGUACCGAUUUAGUCGGUUUGAAGCUCAACCACUCGAAAGAUCGAUGGUUUUGAGUGAGAUCUGUGGAGGUAUAGCAGUUUCAUCUCUUGCAGGCGGCACCUUAUGACCUUAACCUUCCUAGUGUAUAUAAUGUGUAAAUUAUUCCCAGGAAUUGUGUUCUGUUUCUUGAAGCUUAGAACCAAUAACAGGAAUUCAUGUGUUUUGACUGAAUAAAUUUUCUGCUGAUUUUGUUUUUGUAAUUGUAUAUCCA